UGACCAUUAAAAGAUGGUUAGUACUAAAACCCAUAGAUCACAUUUCAAGUCCAAUCGCUUGAACAGCCACAAUGUCUCUUUGUAUUGUACAAAACAUUGAGUAAAUUCUUUUAGGAUCACUUAUGAUCGUGUGUGUGAUUGUCCAUGGACGUUUCGUGAUCCAUGAAGGAGAAGAUUGUUAGCAGGAGGCAAGGAAACUUGAUUUUUCGGCUAUCCUUUCCGAAUCAAGUGGUAGAACAUGUGGGAGCAUGUAGUGGAAACAAGGUCUUAACUUAUGUAACAUUCAUGAAGACACGAGUAGUUGCUAGUACGCGUAAACUAUGAUAUUUUGAAGUUUGGGUCGUGCGAUAUCUAUAAACUGACGACCUUAAGAGAUUUCCUGGACGACCUUGACGACUUGUUCAAAAGUAGCCAGUCAAAAUGUAGCUUACGUAUAAGAGCUCUUGAUUCCCCAGAAAUUGCUUCAAUUCUCUCUUUAUUUGUUUCAACCAAUGCUAGCAAGGCGUGUGGCUUUACACUGUUUAAAACCUAAUUUUCAACCCUCAAUCUUUAAGACCUUACAUUAUUGUCCCAAAACUCCUACACCAUAGAUCCCAACUCUUAAACGCUUAUACAAUAGCACCUAGCCCUAUAGGACUAUAGAACGCCUUAUGCCUAGAUCCUAAUUCUAUCAUUUUAAGAACAAAUUUGAGGAUGGAUCAGUUGUUCUCCUAUGUUUCUGUAUGUUUCUUUUGUCCGUACAUGUGGAUUGUUGUUGCUGUUAGUACAUUGUAUAUCAUUAAGAGAAAAUACUUCGGUCAUUGUGAGUGUACUCUUGAAGAUCGUUUGGAUGGUAAAACAGUUAUUGUUACGGGAUGCAAUACUGGUAUUGGAUUAGAAACGGUGGAUGAGUUGGCUCGCCGUGGGGCCCGCGUUAUAAUGGCAUGCAGAGAUCUAAGGAAGUGCGAAUUGGCUCGACAGGAGCUUCUGAUUAGAACUUGUAAUGAGAAGCCAUCAGUAUUGAGUGUUCAUGUGGAACCAGAUCAACUUAUUUGUGAAGAGUUGGAUCUGGAGUCGCCAAAAUCUAUUCGAGAGUUUGCGAAUCGUAUCAUUAGUAGAGAAAAAUCAAUUUCCAUCUUAAUCAAUAAUGCUGGAGCAGAUUUUCCAGAGAAGAUUUACGAUGAGCUUGGAAUUGAGAAACACUUGAAAGUGAAUCAUUUGGGUCAUUUUCUGCUCACUAAAUUAUUAAAGCCGUGUUUGCAUGCAUCUGAUGGGAAACCUUGUCGUGUAAUCAUUCUGUCAUCUUUGUCACAUUGGUUUGCUAAAUUACACCCGAAUAGCGGAUUCUUGUCAGGUGUAGGCUCUGGUUAUGCUAUUAGUAAGCUGUAAAAUGUGAUUCAUGCACGUGAGAUUUGUAAACGUUGGUCUGGAGAUGGAAUUAUUUCAGUCAGCGUUCAUCCAGGCUUGGUGAGAACAUCCAUUUUUCGUUCAUGCAAAGGGAAAUAUUUUCUAGUCUACUAUUUACUUCGAUGGUUGACAAAAACAUCCCGUGAAGGUGCUCAGACAACAGUAUUUUGUGCUCUUGAUAACAAUCUCAUUCCUGGUGCAUUUUAUUCUGAGUGUCGGCCACGCAGAUGUAACUCCCAAGCAUUAAAUGAUGAAAUUUGCGAUCAUGUGUGGAAAACUUCGGAAGCACUUAUCGACGAAUGGGUAUCGUUUAUUCAGAAGUAGAAUUUGAAAAUAUUCUUUAUUACUAAAUGCUGUGUUAAAUUAAUGACAUGUAAAUACCACUGAGCUCAUAAACUGUCAUAGUCUUACUUAUGCGACACAGUAAAACAUUUUCUGGAGUCCUUUUAUUCAUUUUGCUUAAAUGACUAAUAUUUCACAGUAAUUUAUAUAAGUCACUUUUUAUUGUACACUGUUUUCUUCUCAUAAGCUAUGAACUACUGUCGAUGAAGUCUCUUCCGUUGGGGUGGAAAGCUGUUUUGAUAGAUAGACCUAAACAACAGCAGGGAACGACUGUGAAAAUAGUUCUUCUCCAGUUUUUUGCGAAGACAUCUACUAGUGCACGGUUUACAUUUGUAAAUAAAUGUGAGGAUCUCUAUCAUUUAACGGCAAAUGGUAUUAUUUAUCAAAGAUCGAGCAGGAAUUAUAUAUUAGAUGUACAUUUUAGAUCAUUCAUAAAUACUAUGGUCGCACUCGACUUAAUUGUUAGUCUUCUUCAAAUGCUUAGACGAUACUAUUGAGGAAAGUGGUUUUCUCAUUUUCCGCUCCUCACUACAACGUCAAUGAAAUAUUUUGUUACAGGUUUUACGGAACGAAAGGAAGAAAGAAUCGAAAUAUUCAUCAUGUUGAAGGUUGCAUUUUCCAAUCAGUGGAUACGAAACAAUUUUUGAUAUGAAAUCGGUCUGUCACUCUUGAGAUCAGUUUUACUUGAAUGGGAAAUGCUAUUCGAAGGCUGUGGUAAUGCUUGAUCCGUCCCUAAUCAAUUCAGUGUAGCCCUUCUGAAUCUUGUGUGAACCUUAGUGUAGAUGUGAGAUAGGAAUUAACUUUUCAUUUCGAAUCCCACCUGCUUAUCUGGACAAUUUCAAUCAUAGGGCGCAUUGAAUUCUUGACUAACAUCAGAAUUUAAAGUGAUGAUAAGUGUAAUGCAAUGUGUUUUAACUUACACAUUUGCUUUAUACAUGCAAGUGUUUGGGGGUAAACAGAACUCACAUUUAUUGCUAUUUCCUACCUGCUUACAGUACUAUGUUUCACUGAUACGAGCCAAAAUGCCGUCUAGUGAUUGCAAAUUUUGAUGACCUAAAUAAAUUCGAAUCUCCACAGAAGAAUAAAACACACUGAUUGUUCCUAUGUUCAAGAGAUGUUUAGUGAUUGUGGUAUGUAAAGUGGUUCUUUCUGUUGUUUGAAGGCUUUUCGUGACGUGUUCAUAAAAUCUAAUGUAUACCUUCUGCUUUCGCCCAAUGUAGCUGCUUCGACAAGUUCUUUUAAAUUUAUAGACACAAUUGAUGGUAUAGUGGAAGGGUUACUUGUCGACCUUAGAUCGGGUUAUUAAGCAUGGUUUAUACAGGAUUACUGGUUUGGUUUCAGGGUAGGUGCUUGCUAACUCAGUGAUAAGCUUCGUGUUGAAUGUGCUUGCGACGUUUCAUCUUUGAAGCUCGGAUUCAUAAAUAUUGGUUUUUUAUUGACUGUGGUCACAUCUGUCUUGUUGUUUUCGGGUUUUCUUUUAUACUUUUUGAUGAAUUUCCGUGAGCAGCAGUUGUCUCACAGGUAUUUCUCAACGUUCCUCAAUUCUUCCUCCAGUUUCUUGGUGGUACGUAUCUUUUCUACUCUACAAAAUAGUGCUUUGACUAACGCUUUCUUACAACUGAUUGGACAGAAUCUAUUGAAAUUCAAGUAAAGACGAUUGCAAGUGCUUUUUCGAUAAACCGAACGUUGAACACUAAUCCAUAUAUUUAUUUGUUGCUUGAGUUUGCUUCGAAUUCUAUAUGUUCUUCAGUUGUAGGAAUGUUGCCCUUGAUUUACCAAUCCUUUACAUGUGGAUC